GUUGGUGGUGGUGAUGGCUGGGUAGGGGCCCUGCAGUGUGGUGGUGGUGAUGGCGGAGCGUGAGCUGGAGCAGCUGUACGCGGCGCGGUACCGGGGCGGGGCGGGGGGCAGCGGUGCGGGGGACGGCAGCCCACACUUCAUGGACAGUCUGGAACGGGGCGCGCCGCCAGCGCCCCCGGUGCAGGCCCCGGUGCGGCGCCCAGUGCCUAUUAUGCCCCCGGGUUUCUCCUACAUCUACCCCAACACCGAGGGGGGCGGGGACAGGGGGCGGCGCCCCGCGGUGGUACCGUCGCCUCGCCCCGCCGCCCCAGGCCCCGCGCUGCCCUUCCGUGGCAAACUGGAGUUUUUCGACCUGUUGUCCAGGGGCUCCACCCCCGAGCCGACCCCCCGCCGCGCCACACCAGCCCACACUCCCACGCCCCGGGGGGCUGACAACACCCACACCCAUCACCACCCACACCCACAAACCCAACAACACUCCCACCCCAACCCACGCCCUCACACGCCCAAGCAGCGCGGGGCUAAUCACCCACAUCCACACCCACACCCACACCCUCACCCACACCCACACACGCCCAAGCUCAAGCCCAGACCCCGCAGCCCCGCCCAUCCCGCCACACCACCCGCCCCGAAGACACCCGAGGCGCGGCCCCCGACGCCCUGCCCCCAGACGCCUCACUCACCUCCCACACCCACACCCGCCCGCCGCCCCCCGCCUCAGGUGCUCUUCACCUCCGCCCCCUCGGCCCCCGGGGCAGCCGCACCCCAGCCAGGCCCCGUCAAGCGUCUGGGGCGCCGCGUCAGCCGCCGCCUUAGCGGGUCCACGCCCCGCUACCGACGCCACCACGACGACCGCGACGCCACCACGCCCCCGCCCACCCACAACGACCCACCACACGUCCACCCCGCCCACCUCGAAACUGCCCACGACCCACACCCCCGCCCACGACCCACACCACAAACACAGCCCCGCCCACGACCAACACCACAAACACAGCCCGCCCACGACCCACACCCUAGCCGCCCCUCACGCCCCCGCCCCGCCCCACCUCCAACCCCGCCUCCUGCCACUCCUGCUCGCUGCCCCGGCCACCCCCGCCCCAAAAGAGCCCCGCGCCCCCAGAUAAGUUCUGGACCUUUACCACCAGCGUCGUGCUGCCCCGCGGGGCGCCGCUCCCCGCCACAGGUACCGCCGCGCACACUGACCACCCAACGACCAUUAUUGACCAUUCCAGACCAUUCUAAACCAUUGCAGACCAUUAUUGACCAUUCCAGACCAUUCCAGACCAUUCUAGACCUCCACCACUGGUACCCAGACCAGCCAGAAAGGGACUCUUUGGAUGGGCGGCUCCCAGGGUCUUCCCACGGGGGAACAGGAAACCCCCCACCGCCCCCCGCCCCUCCGUCACCGCCCCCCGCUACAUCAGGCUUCAGCAAGGGUCCCAACGCCAAGAGCAAGAAGCACAAGAAACUCAAGCCAGACCGUGACACUUCCCCCUCGCCCGCCGGCCCCGCCAUCCCCGCCGCCAAGAAGGGGGAGAAGGGAGAGAAAGGGAGAGGAGAGAGGGACAUGGAAGAAGGGGGUGGAUUCCGACCGAAGACACAGCCCUACACGUACCUAUGGGUGGUGCUGUCAGGUCUGUACGGGAAGGUAGUGGUGCUGCUAAUGUUAGCGUUCACACUGACGGAAGCGCUACACAACCAGGUGCUGCCCUUCACGUUUCAGGGAAUCUUCUUAAUGUACCUUUACGUGGGGUCAAUCUUGGCUAUCCUCUGCAUCUACGUGACUGUGAUCAUCGACAACUGCCCGUCCAUGAGUGCCAGCAAGGAGAACUUAACCAGACAAGACGAUGCAGAGGUUGGGUCCAUCACCUCCUUCGGAACGCUCAAGAGGGCCCAUAUCUCUCGCUCCAAGACUUCACGUACCUCCUUCUACCUUCGUGUGGGGGCGCUUGUGUUCGGCCUAGGCACACUGAUCUUCAACGGGCUGGAGAUCGCCAUGCACUCCACCCUGCAGAGCGAGUGUGUGAAGGAUGUGGUGUUCGCCCAUCCCAUCCUGCAGGCGCUCUUCACCUUCCUCCAGAUGCAUUUCCUCUUCGUCAACUCUGAGGUCAUCGUGGAACGGUUUGGUCAAGUGGCACGGUUUGGCUUCAUGCACCUGGUGGCGACGAACCUGGCAGUGUGGGUCCGUGCUGUGGUCUGGGACGCCGCUACUGUGUGGAUGCUGAAUACUUAUGGCGAUGGCAAGGUCCAAGAGGUUCCCCCACAAGCAGAGCAGGUGAUCAAGAUGCACCAAUGCUUCCAAAACAACUCACUGGGCAGACUCUGGACAGACGCUCAGCCCUACCUCUUCCCCUUCCUUGUGCAGUACAGUCUGAUCGCCGCUGCUGUGACGUACGUGAUGUGGUGUAACGUGGGCAAGGAGAGACUCAAGAAACUGACCCAGAGCAAGCCGGAAAUGGAAGAUUCGACCACGCUGGACAAGAGAGGAGUGAGGAAAGGAUACUGGAAGGUGGACUGCCGAUCAGCCUCUAAGGGUCUGUUCCUGGGGCUGCUGUGUCUGGUGGGAGGGACAGUCAUCCUUAUCAUAUUCUUCGUGAUGAAAGACCAAGAGGCAUUUAGAGAGCGUCUAUUCUGGCUGACCACCUCGACACACACGCUUCUACUGUCCCUCUCUAUAUUGGUCACAGUGAUUGGCUUCCUGCAAGUGCCCAAGCUGUCUCUCUCCACCUCCUCAAGGCCUCUGGAUCUGGACAAGCUGCUGCUAUCGGCGACUAUCAUGGGGGUCUACAUAUUCGCUAUCUUUGGCAUGAUCGUCGGUGGUAUAAGCUAUGAAGUGCCAGAAUAUCUUGCUACAUUCUGUCUCCACCUACUGCUACUUGUACAGGUCUCCCUCCAAGACAUGCUCGUGGCGGAGGCAUCGAGACGGACAUGCACCAGCAGAUACCAGAUGGUCACCAAGCCGGGCAGACAAGUGAUCACCUUCCUGCUCUUCUCUAACAUCACUCUCUGGGGACUUGACACAUUCAUGACCCACUCUACCGUAUCGCAAGAGUUCCAGUUUAACUUCUACGGUCUGUUGGCUUGGGGCGUGUUGUCGAGGGUGUCUCUGCCCUUGCUUAUCUUGUACAGGUUCUACUCUGGCGUGAUUCUAGUUGAGAUUUGGAAGAAUACCUACAGAACGAAGGCAGAUUAAUGGCUGGUUGCUUUUGAUAAAUUUUUUGUGGUUUUUUGAGUGUGAGUCUACCUCGAUCUGUGUUUCUAUUGUGUGUUUUCUGUUUCUGAGUUUGUUCCUCCUCCUCCUCCUCCUCCUCCUCCUCCUCCUCCUUUUCUUAAUUCUUAUAUUACUAUUCCUCUUCCUCCUCCUCCUCCUCCUCCUCACUCGAUUAUU